CCCCUCCUCCUUUCAUUCCCCAUCCUCCUCUCUCUCUCUCUCUCUCGCUCCCUCCCUCCCGCGCGUGCCGCCGCCGCCGCCGCCGCCACCGCCCGCCCCCCUCGUCCGCCGCGCGCGCGUGCCGACGAGGAGUUCUCCUCACUCCCUCUCAGCCCCUCCCAAUCCGAGAAGCAGGAUCGGUGGGCUGCUGUCCAGCAAUGAUGUCGAUGGCCUCCACCACCGCCAGCCCCUUUUGCCCUUCACCCAUGCCCAGAGGACGCAAAUGCACAGUUCGAGUUCAAGCUGGAGCUGCCGGAGCGGAUGCAUCUGAUAAGUCGCUCGAGAUUAUGCGCAAAUUCUCUGAGCAGUACGCCCGCCGCUCCAACACCUUCUUCUGUUCCGAGAAGUCCGUCACCGCCGUUGUUAUCAAGGGACUUGCUGAUCACAAGGAUCAACUUGGAGCUCCUCUAUGCCCUUGUAGGCAUUAUGAUGACAAAGCUGCUGAGGUAGCACAAGGAUUUUGGAACUGCCCUUGUGUUCCCAUGCGUGAGAGGAAGGAAUGCCAUUGCAUGCUUUUUCUUACCCCCGACAAUGACUUUGCUGGACAAGACCAGGCUAUAACCUUGGAGGAGAUCAAAGACGCAACAUCAAAGAUAUAACCUCAGUGCACCUUUUCUUCCAUUAUUCUGCUUGACACCAGAGUUUGUAUAUGUAGUCUCUGUAAGAUGACAUUCUACCGAUGAAAUCGGUCAUGAUAAGAUGUGUAGUAAACAACAAUUUGUCGUUCCUUAGCUUUCAUGUUCUUGCUUUUGAACAUGGGAAAACACGCUCCCACUAAUACAACAGCCUAUUAACUACGCACUUGAUACAAAGCAUCAUGUUUGUUCAUCCUUUGAAUCAAAGGUAUGAUAUUUUCCGAUUGA